AUGGAUCAACACCCCCUCCAGCUUGAAUGGGAAAGGGCUAAAAACUUGGUGAAAGAGCUGAGGGAUCUGGGAGAGGUGAGAGAGGACCAGCCUUUCCUCGCUACAGUAAUGGAGAGGUGCCUCGAGACCUUGCAAAUCAUCAAGGCAGAGUCCGAAUUUGACAGCCAACCAGGAAAACCUUUGGGACGAAGCAUUAAAAGCGCAAUAACAGGUAGUCGAUCUGUCAAGCAGAAACUGCGUGAUUUGCAGCAGGUCAAUAAUGUCAUGGACUCCCUCAGGCUUUCGAGGUUAUCCAUGAAAGCCGAACGUUCUGAAGCGUCGCUGAAGCAUCUCGAACAAAAGAUUGACACCCUCAUGGACCAACAGAGGCAGCAGUUCGAAAUUCUUGAUGUGCUGCAUCAGGGCUCUUAUGUUCCAGCUGCCAAAAGAUCACAUAUGCAUAAAAUGAUGUUCAGGAGCAAUGAUAGCAGCAUAUCUAAUAGUCUGUGCCUGGAGUCAGAUGAAGAUGAUAUCUUGCAAAAGCUGUCACAACUGUCAAUUAUGGGACUUGACAUUCUAGCCGAUGUCUUAGAAUGUGAAGACUAUUUUGAGCUUUCAAAUCGACUCCGGGUGUGGGGUCUUGGCAUCGUAGAUGGCCCCCUCGCAAUCGGAAAACUGGACAUUUUCACGGGUUCCUCUUCAAGGGUUCUGGAGAUUUUCAGCGUUCCGUUCCUCAGGAUUCUCUCCAACAUCGAAUAUAUGAUCACUCGUCUAGAACCAAAUGGAAGCAAGUUACUGGCUUUCUUGGAAGAAUCAGAGAAACUUAUCAACUCUGUAACCUUGAGGGAUCCUGGUGGAACACUAGCAAUCAAUGCCAUGCUGAAGCUUGUAGAAGUCAAGGACAUUGCAGAAGGGAUCUCUGCUUGUACUAAAAGCAUAUCGAACGAGAUAGAGACUCUUUUUGAACCACUACCGGGAAUUCGAUCCGAGAGGAAGACAGUCUUAUCAGCCAGAGCGCAGGGGAUAAGCCCGUCUGUCACACCAGACACUCAAAGACGCCUCCUAGCUGAAGAAACAGUCGAGGUAGCACGAGACCUUACUAAUCUUUUACUUCAGAAAGCAAAGGAGGAGACUCCUAAAAAAGAAAAAAGCCUUACUGACCAUAUUUCCCGGCUUUUUGAAGAAGAGACACAACGACUUGCAGAAUGGGCAAAGUCGCAGCCAGGGACAACAAAUGAGAUCGCCACCGAAUUGACCGAGCUUAAGGACUCUCUACUUGGUGAGCCGCAACGCUGUAACCCUCAGUACGAAUAG